AUGGUCGAGGUUAAGAGAGCGGCUUAUCGCCUCGACCAGCCAAAGUUCCCGUUUAUUAAGGGCGAAAGUGCUGGGGAUAAUGACGCUCAGGAACAUGAUAAACCAGAAUCGUCACGCAAAGUGUCUCCAGGAGCCCCGAGCAAUACGUCGCAACCCACAUCGUGGAAGGGGCACCAUCACGAAGCGUACAAGGAGAUUGGUGCGCUUUGCGAGGCAAUUAAUGCGGGAGCGAAUGUUUCUAAAAGUGCCAAAGGCAUCUUCGGACUCAUAGACAGGCGCAAGUUCACAAACGGCAAGCCCCAGGAAGCUGUUGUUGCCAUAUGCGUCUUUGUCGCUUGUCGACAACAAAAUGUACGCCGAACGCUUGAAGAAGUCUUGCGGCAUACUCGUACUAGUAAGGAAGAAGCUGUCAGAGUGUUUGAACAAUUCCGAGACCUCGUGUACAGCCUCGAAGAUGCUGAAGCCGAGAGCGCGCCGGAAAUUCCUGUUGAAACGAGCACAGCAGGAAAAAGAACGAAUGAUGAAGACGCACAAGAAUCCAAACAGAAAAGACGACGCGUGAUGAGCGAAAGUGAUGAGGAUAGUGACACGGAGAGGCUUGCUGCCAGUCGAGACAAGUCGAAAGCCGCGGAAGCCAUACCAACAUUGAAGAGGGCCGAGAAACGCAAAAGGCCAGACGAUUCGGAAGAUGAAGCAAGAGACAAGCGGCCCAGGACGAACUACAGUCCAGUGCCCGACCUUUUCCAGGUACCUGAUUCACCCAUUAGGGGCCAACCCGAUGGUUAUGCGUCGUCAACAGAUCCAUGGGCAUCUUCGUCGGAUUCAAGAGAGUCAAGCCCGGGUGGUUUGUCUCCAAUUGCAGUGCACCAUGACGAUGCCUCGGACAGGGCCAACUGGCAAUGGCCUCGAAAGAAGACGAGAAUGCCAGGCGCAAGUGCCAGCGGUCUCGCCUCUUCAGUGAGCGGUCAGUCACCUCCCAAUCAGCAUCUGGGAACUGUCGACGCCAGCCAAGCGCUUCCACGAGGAGGUGCUGAACAGCCCCCUGUCAAAGAUACUCCUGCCGACGCGGUGGAUUCGAAACGAACCAAGGGCGUGUCUCGCGCCAUCCACCGGCUUCGAGUCGACAAAAGAUGGUCACGCAGAGACCAAGAGACGUCGUCACCGCAGAAGCAGCCGCUUCAGAAGAGCCGCCGAGAGCGGAAAGCUUCGCCCUCUGUUGAUCAAGUCGUGCGUUCCAGACGGUCUUCCAGGCGGGAUACUAGACAAAAGCUGCUGUUUCUUGACGAGGAUGGCACCCCAUGCGUAGCUGCUUAUAAACGGGAGACUUAA